AACUUGUCUAAUUGAUAUUCACUCGAAUACAGAGAUAGUUGACAUAGCAACGAUGUUGAGUAAAAUGGCCACUGCAGUAAGGAAGUAAAAAAUUGAUCUAAAACAACAUGUAUCAAUGGCUUGAUGGCCGAAAAUGUUGAUUCCAAUAAGAUAUAUGGUCCUAUUUCGUGUCUACAAAUAAAGAAGGACAUUAAGAAGGACAAUGAGUAAAACGACAAUGGGGAAUACGGUGGAAUGGACGGUCCCGCUGAUAUUCAUCUUUUGUUUAAUGCUGAUGUUUAUACAAUUGAGUACUGCUGAAUAUUGCACAUCUUACUGUAAUACAACAGGGCAAUUGGUGGAGGGGUUUGACUGCAAGCCGCAUUACUGCUGUGGUAUUCCACAUAGAAAAUAUUGCUGUCGGGACUACUUUGAUAAAUCUAACCUAAGCGCUAUAACUUCAUGUGGCAUUACAGAGGUCGCCCCGGAAAGAGUAGAGGGUCCAUCGUCUGCUGUCAUAUGGAUUCAAAACCAUUUAUGGAAAGUUGUCAUCGGAGUAUUAGGAGUGGCACUUCUGGUAGCUCUGGUAGUGACUUUAUAUUUUUACAUCAUAAAAGAAGAAUGGGGGUCAUCAUCUAAAACAAAAUAUGCAUCCACGCAUAAUUCAGAACCAAGUGAGGACGUUGCAGUAUCAGCAUUGGCUUUACACCCAAGAGUCAAAAAGACGAUUGACACCAGUCUAAGAAGACCGCCAUCCAAAAACCAAGUGCAACCUUAUCCCCCUUAAUCAAGGAACGUUUUCUAUUCAAAUAUUGGUGAAUUCAGUGACGUAAAUACAUUGCAACGUGUGUGUAAGGUGAAAGAAAACUUGAUAUAGAACAACAUUGUGACAGUACAGGGGCGGAUCUGGGAACCAACAAGGGGAGGGGGGCAAAUUUCAGGAGGCAUUUUUGGCCCAAUAAAUUAUUUGGGCCCAAUUUUUCUAGGCCCAACUUAGGGGGAGUCCCCCCCUGGAUCCGCCACUGCAGUAUAAAAAGUAUCAGUAACCCGUUCGCGUUGGUAUUUUUAUCGUUCCUAUAUAUAUGGUGCAUGUGGUUAAUUUAUCAUUGUAUUAGUAGGUUAUAUGGAAAAUUCAAAUAACCCAAAUAUGUCUCGGUAAGUCGGCUUAGAGUAUUUUAGUGCAUUG